AUGGCUCGCUCAAAGAAAGUCGAAAAUGGACAUACAGCCAGAUCAUUAAGUCCAGCAGCUCCGUCUUCACCUGACAGACCAACUGGCCCUCUGAGCAUCAUCAUCGCUCCCGAAGACCGCGAAGUUAUAAAAGUCAACAAUGCGAAUGUCACAGAACUAAAAAAUGCCUGCGAUGAUGCAGUGAAACGUUACCUUUCCCGCCCAGAACUAUUCAACCAAAUUCAUCUCCAUACAGACGUCCGAUUGGGUUUGGGAUGGGCAAGUGUUUUCGUCGCUGGAGGCACAGCGUUCUACGGAUAUAAAUUUGAUUUUGAGAAAUCAAAGCCGGUCGUAUGGGUGGGGCUGAUACUUUAUUUCUUCUUGACACUCGUGCAAUCUCUCUAUGCAUACUUCAUCGAGGGUGAGAUCGUUUACAUGGGCAAGCGUAAGACGUUUUCUCGACGAAUCGUUUCUGAGAGGAUAACGCUGACAUCACGAACGACCCCUGCCAAGGCUUCGACUCCACCCUCUUACAACCUCUCCAUCUCAUAUGUACGCUCUGCCAGCAACGGAAAGUCUCUGCUUGCCAAGGGUAAAACUCAGAGAGUGGAAGGUUAUAAUGCCUUUUUUGACGAGGAGGGUACUAUGGACCAAGAACGGUUCGAGAAGUGGGUCGGAGAACUUGUCGAGGAAGCAAUGGAAGGAAAACAGUCAUGA